AUGCUAAUAAUAAGUCAACAAUCUUCCUUUAUGUCACCAAACUUUUCAUUGACAUCUGGUCAAUUGACUAAAUUUGCCAAAUAUAAGAUGAAAAUAGACCUAUUUGCCCUUUUGAUGAACCACCUUCAUGUUGUUGAAUAGUAUCAGAGGGAACAAGAUUUUAAGCAGCUACAGUUCUAUUGACGUCAAGAUUCCUAAAUAUGCCGGUAGAUAUGUCUCAAUCCUCACGUGGUCUAUGCACUUGCAUUCUAUAUAGUAUCUUUUUGUAAACCUUGAAGUUUUGUGCAUAACACAGAGUGAUGGAAGAAGAUUGUGGUGCAUUUGUAGCAGACUGUGUUGUCCUGUCAUGCUGCUGCCAGUGCCUUGUGUUGCAAGUUACUGGCUUCGUCUUCUUCAAGAUUCCUCUUAAACUUGUUCAGAAGGUGAAGAAGUUUGUGAGGAGUAGAUGUGGAAAAACCUUGAAACCAAGGAUGGAGGAGGAUGUUGUCAAAGAGAAGCAUUGUUGUGGAAAUGGGUUGGCCUUUGAAGAAGGGUCAUCAAGAUUUAAUUGCGUUGAAGACAUUGAGGGAAUGUUGCAAGAACUGUCUAUGAACAAGGAGUUCUUGUUUGGAAGCUUCUGGCGCCAUGAAGAUUCUUCUGACAUUCUAGAUGUCAAAUAGCGAAAAAAAAAACAGAGAUUAAUACUCAUCUUCUUUGCUUUAAGUUCAUGUUAGUGUUAUUGAUCACGAAUAAAGAAGCUUAAGGAGACGGAUUCAAACCUCUCUCUUGAAAGACAAGGAGAAGAGAUAGUAGGUAGCUAAGACAAGGCUGUAAUAUUGUAGAACUUUCUUAACUCAUGUACAAUCUUCCUGUUUUCCAAUAUAAUUAGAUUGUCAUAUCA